AAAAUAGAAAAGCUGAAUGCCUCCGCGCCGCUGCUGCACCAACGGCAGGAAUUCGGAUGCCCAUUCCGACAUUCUUAGUAGAGAAUCGAUGUUACACAUCAGAAGGCGGGCUUAUUAUGUCCCGAGGCGUAAAAAGGAGAGGCCAACAAAUAUGAAGUCCCUCCCCAAAGAGCUAUUGUUCGAAAUCCUCCUCCGAUUGCCGGCCGAUCAUCUCUACCAGAGAGCGAGGCUCGUGUGCCGGCGGUGGUACCACAUUAUCCAUUCUCAUGCCUUCAUCAACGCGCAGAUGCACGGUGCUACCUAUGGACUCCUCCUAUCACCCCUAAAUGAUAAUCAUACUCUGCCACUUUAUGUAACAGCCGACGCAUACGGUGGAAUCCACACAUCUGAGCUAAAUCACAUCUUCAAAUUGGGAGUUCUUGCUACCUGCAACGGUUUGGUUCUGGAGUUGGACGACGGAGAUUACCAAUCCCGUAGUCUUGUGAUUGUGAAUCCUGCAACGAAGCAGUCAUUCCUCCUCCCACCAUUGCCUACAGGCGUAGCCUAUAGCCUGGACCAGUAUGGUUUUGCAUACUCUGCAGCUUCCUUGGCGUAUAAAGUGAUUGCACCGUACACUGUUCACCACUCGCCACCACACCUAGAAAUUGACUACGGUCUUGACGUGCUCACUGUUGGAGUCGAUGAAUCCUGGAGGCACGUCGAGGUUCACCACCUCCCCGACCAUCUCAGGCCAUUCUUCGAUGAGGCUCCCUUGACUAGUGAAGGUUUCCUGCACUGGGGAAGCGGGAGAUUCUGCGCGACCAUGGAUGUGGAGACGGAGAUCAUUACACUGAGUGAAGCCCCUUAUGAGUACAAUGAAUGCGACUAUUAUUAUCUGUCGACUGGGAGGUGUCUGUCACUCCUGGUAGCGUGUGGGGAUCUGUCGUGGGAGGUUUGGGAGAUGAAGGCAGAGACGGGCGAGUGGAGGAAGGCGCUGCCCAACGUCGACUUGGGAGCUCAGAAAUGCUGGAAUCAACAGUUUGCUCCUCAAGAUGGUCGAGUUCUUGAGCCACUUGGUUGGGUUAAAUAUCCACAUGUUUUGGCCUUGUAUUUUGACGACUUUUAUUGGAAGGAAAGCCGGCCUUGCAUUUUCUACAAUAUUUAUACGCAUCAACUCCACUCCAUAGAGCUACCGAAAAGCUAUACUGAACGUUAUGCAGCUUUUGUGCAUAAGAAUAGCCUUCUAUUUUGACGACUUUUAUUGGGAGAAAAAACGGCAUUGCAUUUUGUACAAUCUUGUUACGCAUCAACUCGACUCCAUAGAGCUACCGCGAAACUAUACUAGAGGUUAUUGGGCUUUUGUGCAUAAGAAUGCAUCUCUGAUGUGGUUAAGUUAGAAGGGUAUUAGAAUCGGUAUUAAUUGUUUAUAUUUGAUCAGUUGAUAUAUUA